AUGACUGAAUCACCCCCACGAAAUAUAAAGAAGCUGGCGCUCCCGCCAGAUCUCAUCCCAUUCGCCCACCAGCUCAUCUCGGCGGUUCGCACCGAGUCGAUCGCGGGCGUCAAGGCUUUGCUGGAAGCAGGCGCUCCAGCUUGGUUUCAGGAUGAAGAGCUCGGCUGGUCUUGCCUGCAUUAUGCGGCAGAGAAGCGGAACCCACAGCUACUGCAGACGCUUAUCAAGGGUGGAGCAGUAUGGAACGCUGUUGAUAAAUGGGGGCAGACGGCUGGCGAAAUCUGCCUCAGUCUUGGGGACCAGGAGGGGUGGGAGAUGAUCCGCAAUGAGGGCAUAAGGACUGAAAUGCUCCAUCACAUCCUAUCCGCCCCUUCCUCGUCGGAAGACCAUAUAGCGCUUCGGGCCGAGGACGACACAUCGUCCGGGGACAACAUUGCAUUCUUGGCGAGCAAGCUUACAUGGGAGACCGGAGAGGACGGCCGGGAGAGAGUUAUAGAUGCUGAUGGAAAUGGAGUAAUGAUGGGAUGGGAAGAACCGCUCAUGGAGGAGCAUGUUCGUCUCAUGCCGGACGGCGAGAAUCACUCUGUAUUGAACAUUGGCUAUGGCUUGGGAAUCGUGAGGACGGUGACGACUGUGCUGAUUCAGGUCGAUCGCCUGUUCCAAGCGCGCAAGCCCGUUCAUCACACUAUCGUUGAGGCCCAUCCUCAGGUCCUGCAGCACAUGCGUGAUACCGGGGUCUAUGACUGGCCCGGGGUGCGGGUACUCGAGGGGAGGUGGCAGGACUGGUUUGCACCAGAAAAGCUAGGCGAGGUGAUCGGCGCUACUCCCGAUGCUUCAGGCUUCACCGCAGUAUUCAUGGACACCUUUGCAGAAGGCUACGAAGAUCUCAAGUCGUUUUUUGAAGUACUGCCGGACAUUCUCGACUCUGAAGAGGGCGUCUUUUCGUUUUGGAAUGGGCUCGGAGCGACGAAUCCUACGAUUUACGCUGUGGCAUCGAGUUUGGCCGAGCUGCACAUUGAGGACGUCGGCCUGAGUGUAGUCUGGCACGACGUGCCAAUACCGGACAGCUUGCGGGAGGAGGUGUGGAAGGGCGUUCGGAGGAGGUAUUGGGAUCUUCCGGGGUAUCGGCUGCCCACUGCGCGCUUGUCGCUGAUGUGA